AUGGCGCCGAAGACUGCCCCAAAAUCGGGCAAGCAGCCGGCCAAGGGCUCCGGCAAAGGUCAGGAAUUCCCCUCUUCCAAGUUGGAGUUUGGAUAUCCUGCGGCGCUGAACACGGCGCUUCAAGCUAUUGGGGCCAGAGCAACCCAAGAUCUUUGGCGUGGGCCCCAGCUUGGCGAUGGGGAUGCAACUGCCGAGCAACUCGCCCAGAGGCGGGCCAACCUGGUGUCCAAGCUGGCCAAGCGUGUGGAGGGCGAUGCUCGUGCCAAGCAAGCGCUCAAGGAAGCGCUAGCGGCUUGGAGUAUUUCGCUCGGCAACCACCUCGAGCAGCUCCUCACUCGCGUCCGUGCUCUCAGCCACAAACUCGACGAGGACCUCGUCGAAGCGUGCGGGGAGCUCGAAGCCCAGACCAGGGAUGUGGCUUCCUCCUCUACGGACGACAGGAUCGCGGCUGCCAGGGCAUCGCUUGGGCCUGCUUGGAAUGUCAUACAAGAAGCCGAGGUGCUUCGGCUUGCGGCCGGUCUACGUGCCUUCGGCAGUGUGACGGCCGAUGGAAUGGCUGGUGGGCUGCUAUCAGGACCUGCCACCAGUCAUGCUCCAUUCCCGGCCAGCGUCGAGGACUCCGAGAUCAGUUUUGGUGGAUGGAUCCCAGAGCUGGUGCCACCCUCAGGGCAGGACUCCGGAGCAAGUUCGGCCAGCAUCACGGGUGGUGCUCCUUCCCCCCCGGCAAGUUCAGCCUUGUUCCUUGCCGGGGAUCGACCGGCCACUCGUUGGAGGAAGAGAGGCAGCGGAGCUCUGGAACGACCCUCCAAAAGCCCCCGUCGUGGACCUGCACCGGACACCGAAGUCGGCGAGCCGUGGGUGAGGACUACAACUGGCCUUACCCCCCAGGGAGUUUCCCGCCCACGCCAAACAGCAGUGGAGGAGGACCCCGAGCUGAUCCCGGACAAGGGCGCGCUACAGGAGGCAUGGUGCCGCGCUUGGAUGGCUAUCCUGGCGAUGGUAGCGGAGAGUGGCGACGAUGUUGUCGGAGAGCUUUCUGUGUGCGACGAGCAGGAGACAGCGCUACCACGGCACGAGGACGACCAAUCAGUGGACAAGGUGGCUGCUGCGGCAGACGAGCUGUGGAAGUUUCUUGUGCAGGUGGUGGCUGCCCCCUCCCUGGAACAGCUGGCAGCUCUACAUGCACGUCUGCUAACCUUGCUCUGCGACCUUCGAAGUUGUUCCGGUGCCCUUCCUCGCAUCCGCCAGGGACUGUUGGUCGCCAUCCAUGCGGCGCUCGGCAGUCUGCUCGACCCGUUCAGUUACGCGAUAUCUGGCGACCGAGAUGUCCUCCAAUGCCCAUGCCCAGAUCCUGUGCAGAAUGCCUUGUCCGUUCCCCUUGGCCACAACAACUCAGCCCAGCUCGUGAGCGAUGGAGUCUCUGUUGACAUCGACCCUGCUAGUCGCGAUCUUGGGGGCUACGUUUGUUCGUAUCUCCCAUGGAUCGCGGCUAGCCUUUUCCUCGGGCGAUGUCUGAUUCUGUACAUAGCUCUGUGCAGAGUUGUAGCGGUUUCAGGGAGGUUUAUUUCGGCAUAUGGUCCCCGCCUUUCUUGGCGCCGAGCGUGGCAGCUUGGCUGUGUUCUCUCAGCAACCGCUUGGUGGGUUGCUGCAGCAAUCGGACCGCCUGCCUCCAUGAUGCUGUGUGCCAUAAUCAGCGAGCUCCUGGCUGGCCUUCCUGGACUUGCCUUGGACUUUGGCUCUGCCCUCAGUUCUGCCACUCAGCACUGUGUUCGAGUCCUCCCUGUCAUCGUUUCUGGACUCGCUGGCGUGUGGGGCCGUUGCUGGACUUGGCCCCGCGGCAACGGGCACUCUGAUGGCGACGGUGAGCGGACAUGGCCUUUCCUCUCUUUCUGGCAUUCCCCUUUCGCUUUGUGUGGAUGUGUUAUGCCGGCUGGGGCCCGAUCUGCCGGUCGCAAGGUACGUGGGGUGCGGUACUGUGCGAAAGUGCGACCACGGAGGUCCUGUGGCCCUAACUUCCAUGUGACUUUGCUCCUGCUCUACCUCUCGGUCGCUGACGGAGCUACUCUCCGUCUGGGUGCUGCUGUCCUUUCCUCUUACCUUGUGCAGCUCCCCGAAGCAGUGCAGUUGCAUGCGCAUGGUUUCCAUGAAGGCCUCCCUGUUCUCAGCACAGGUCCCGUCCUUCCCACUCCCAGUGCUGAUGAGAUGUGUGACGUCUAUCCAGUUGGCCGGACUGGUAACUUGCUGUUACCACGUACUGACCGUAGCCGCAGGCAUCUCGCUGUGUUUGUGGGGACACCUCCUGGAGCGCCUGUCCUCGACCCAUGUCCCAUUCCCUUUCUGGUUGAUGAAUGGCUGCAUGGGCCGCUGCUUCAUGCUAGGUUAGCCGCUGCUCUUGGUUUCCCUACUGGGGUCUUCGCUGUAUCUGGGGUCCGCGGAGUUCUUCCUGGGUUACCGAGUGAACAGCUUCUCCUCACGCCAGCUGCUUGUUCAUGGCGGCAAGUGUGGCUGCCCGUUGAUUUGCGACAGCUUGGUGGCCGAGUGUGUAUGAUACAGUGUCCUCGUGACUCCACAUGCAGAGCAAUCGCCCAACUCGCCCUUGCUGCUCAAUCCUUGACGGCGGAGGUUGACCUUCUUCUUGCUCGUUGCACGUGGGGCUGGUUGACCCUUGCCUCCCAGCCUCUCUUCUUGCAAGAUGUUGACACGCUGCAGUUUCAGAUCGGUCCGGCUGUCGAGGCGCUUCAGGGUCCUGUCGGAUCGUCCCUUGAUCCUCCCCUGUCUCUCUUUUCUGCGAUGCAGGUGAGCCUCCCUACUGCUCCGGCCGCCUACGACGCCUUUCCGGGUCAUUCGCAUAACCAGGCCGUUCUAAUCACACCCAAUGGGUUAGUAUACGUUGAAGCCCCGGUUUUUGCUGACGCCGCGACCUUCCGACGCAUCGUGUCUACGCGGGCUUCCCCUGCCGCUACUGGUGGCGUGUUGCGUAUCUGGCACCCACUUCCCUCGCUCCCUCUUGUCCAGUUUCUUGAGGUUCAUUGUGCUGAGGGGGAAGUGCCGUGCAUUUUGGAUUUCCGUCCUGUGGGCUGGAGGCUGACUACUGUCUGCAUCUCGCCCCCUGUCACUGCGCUCGCCGCUGUCACCGCAGCUUCACGUCGGGAUCGCAACAGUCUUCCCCACGAAUGGGUAGAUCAGUGUGCCAGGGGUGGCUUCGGUCUUCUUCACAGGGAAUUUUCUGUGCUUCCGGAUCAGGUCAUUUCAGGGAGCUUUCCGUUGGUGAUCAUGUUCUUUCCGCAUGUUUUUCGCCAGGACUCCUCGUCUUCCUCGGAGGACCAGGUCGGCGGGUGGGACACUCCAGGUACUUCGGAUACCAUUUCCGCCCUUCAGCACACCCUGUUGCCUUCACCCGCGAGAGCUUCUGCGUCCGCCAGUAUGCCUGCCUGCACCGGAGUUACACCCUCUGCUUUCCUUAAUUCUUCGGUCCCUCGCGCUGCUGAGCAAAUUGAGGAGCCGGCUUCGGACACGUCUGCUGCUGUCCACAUGUUGCGAAGGCCCUGGGUAGUCCUUCCUGUCUUGGGGGUCUUAGGUGGGCAUGCCGGAAAGCAACCUGGACUUGGCACGUGGAGUGUUGCUUGCUUCCUGCUGCACCUUUCUCCUGUUGCAGCGGUUCAAAUCCACAGCGAACCUGCAUCGCCACGUGAUGCUGUUCUUUCUGCUGCCAGAGCUCCAGACCGCCAGAUUGCUGCUCCUGCUGGAGCCCACUCUCACCUGCAGUCCAAGUGGCUCCUGACUGGUGACUUCGGUGAUGGUCCUCUCUGGUUAUCACUUCCGUCCCCUGACUCGGUCUUCCUUAUAACUUGCCGUCUUUGGCUGCCAGGCUCCGAUGUGCGCCUUGAGUUUUCAAGCACCGAUCGGGCCCGUGAUGUGUCUGCGGAGCUGUACCGCCAAGCCAUUCGACUUGGACGAUCUCAGAUUGUUGCGGCGUCGGUCGGGCUUACGCUUGAAGCUGUUCACCUUGUGUCCCUGCCAUCGCACCCGGAAGCAAUUACGGUCCUUUUUGAUCUAGGCAGGGAGGUUGUUUGCAGCGAACUUCCGUUCGACUAUAGUCCGAAUCAGGUUAUUACUGCCGCUCAGGAAGCAGCCUCUAGCAGUGACAUCCAAAUCUUGAAAGGCCUGGCACACAGACUUCGCCACGGUGAUGUCAUUCGGGUGAUUGUUAACUCCGAGCAACGUACGCUUGAUGUCUCGGCGUUCACUCUCCCGCCUCAUGUCGCCUCCGCCUCUCGGUGGCUUCGGGAGUCGAGGGUGGUGUCCUUCCUUCAUUCCGUUGAAGGGGUGCUCUCUUUCGAGGUUCCGCGGUCGUACGCCCUUGACAUCACUGUGCUGAGCACCCUCCUGCAUAGUGUCAUCCCUGGCCGUCAUGUCUUUGUUGAGAUCCCUGGGGCGGAUGCCCUCCCACAUGCAGCGUUUUGUGUUGCUCGUCCGGGCCAAGACUGUGUUACUUAUCGCCUGACUGAUGCCUCUGAUCCUUCCGCUGCAGGCCUUUUUCUAGCCUUUGCAGGAGUUUUCGAGUCCUUCCCUGUCUUUCUCGACAGCCUUCUUUACAGCAAUCGCCCUGCAGCUGUCUUGCUACGUCGGUUGCAGCCUUUUGGCUUGUCGGUGCUGUCCUGGGAAUGUACCGUUAUCCCCGGCCGAGGGGAUUGGGGACCUUUGCCAGACCGUUGCCCAGCUCUUUCCUUUGCUGGCCAGUUUUACCCGCCUGGAGCUCCCUUGCCCGACUUCCCCUCUGGAGCUGUCAUUCAGAUCAUCAUCGUCGUGGCCCUGCUCUGGAACCGGCCAUCCGGCUUGACGGGCGUGGUAAUCAACUUGCUGCUGGUAACGGUACUGGUCUCGACCAUGCCACCGUUUCCCGGGUUCAUCUGCUGUCCCGUGAACUCUCUUUCCAUACGUCACGACUGUGGGCUUUCCUCCCAAAGCACUUGCGCUGCCGCCUCGGCCAAUGUCGAUCUGCUUGAGGAAGCCACAAGCUGGCUCUCCCGUCCUCCGUUAGCUGGCUCUAUUAUCUUCCCUCCGCCUGAUUGUUCGGCCGAGGAGUCGUCUGAUGAAGAAGGUCCCCCUCCUGUCCAAGCUGAGAACAUGUCGGACGCUUCUGGGGCACCAGUCCCUUUCACCACUCCAGCGGGACCUCCUCCACCGGAGCCGGUGAACGCCCCCUUCCAGCCUCGUUUGCGCUACCUUCGUGCGGCCCGCCCUCUUGAGGAUUAUGCUCUGGGACUUUGGCCCUCCACUCUCGACAGGGAGCCGGCUGCCGAUGAGGAUGUUAUUCGCCGGGUCCAAGCUGAUUUGCUUGGACUCCAACGCGGCCUACGCACAUUUGCCGCUGCCAUCCCAUUGGGCACGCCCUUUUGUAUCCACAACCCCUUCACUGCCCGCCAGCAAUGUGACAUUGUGGAAUACUCUGCUGGGCCUGAACUUAAUCCCUUUGUCCUGUUUCAAGGCCAUGCACGCAGCCGUGGUUGGGCCGGGAUAGUCUUGCUCAUGCCGCAGCCCGAUGCCACAGCUGUGCAUCUAAUUGGUUGCCCCCAAGCACCGGGCAAUGUCGCGGUUGGUGUCGUCAUUGACGGACGCCUAAUUCCUUGCUGCCUUCCUGCAUGUGUAGCUUGCGCGGCGCUCCGAGCGCUUCACCUAGACGGCCAAGCAUAUGAUCUCCGACCUCCGGAAGUUCAUGAAGAAACUGCUGUUGUCCAAUUUCGCAACGGCGACUGUUUGGCGGCAGGGCGCCGACCCUCCCGCCAGCUUCCCUCCCAGCAGGAUGUGCAAGCCGCCGCCGCAGAAACCUUGGGGCGUGGCACCGAUGCUGCAACCUCGGCCCCCGGAACUACUUCUGCUGCAGUCAGAGCCGCAUGGUUGUGGGUUGGGCUCGUUGUCACCUCCGCCAGGUCGCCUGGUGUGGCGCCUGCAAUGCUCGCUCUCUGUCUCUGGCACGCAGAGGUUCUAGGUAUGCAUAGGCCAGGUGGCUUCCCUUGGGGUAUUGAUCCGGUUAACCGGCGGUUCUCUGGCAUUACGAGUGAGGACCCGGUUGAAGUUGUCUUGCACAGCCCCUUUCUGGGGGUUUUUCCGCCCUUUACAGCCUCCCAGGACACUUGCCACACUCAGGCCUGGGCCCAGUUUCGCAAUGAUGACCCGGGUUGGGCGGCAGACUACUUUCCGGUCUGGCCGGGGCCCGCAUUCAAUGAACUUUCCGUCGUCCCUGUCGGCCAUGAUCCCGCCCUUGUCACCAUUAUGCUUGUCUGGGGAGGUCACCAUCGGGCCACACUCACGCCUCGAACUAUGACGGUUGCGUGGCUGACUUCCUUUGUUGCCCGUCAUAUCAACAGUGAAGUUGGUGGGCUUUCACUUCCCCACGGUUUGGCGGUUUGCGAAUAUUUUGAUAUCCCGCCUGCUGCUUUUCGGUUCCGCAAUGGGGACGUAGUUUAUAUCCAUGAUCCCCCAGCGGACCCUGAUGAGCCGUUAGAGUUUGUAGAGCCGUGGCACCUCCAGGAUGGACUCGCGGCACACCACGCUCCCUGGGCAGUGGGGUUCCAACUUAUGUUUCCGAUUUCGGUGCACUUGCUUCGUCCUGAGAAACCGCCACUUCUCACGAGCAUUCCGGCUGGCGAAUCAUGGUGUCCUGAAGCAUUUUCAUUUUCAGGGGACUUUAGACACCAAUUCCCUGGCUUUUGGACGCCGGUCCAGUGGACGAGUGCCCGUGCCCUGCAAUUGAUGGCGGUUAACGAGGUUGCAGCUAAGGUUAAUGUCGUAGCGGCUACUCCUGAAGGGCGGUUGUGCCGAUCGGUUGAUCGUGUUGUGUCUCGUGCCAGCCUCGCCGCUCAACUGAGGUUUUGCCCUGCGACGGUUCAGGUUGGCGGGGUCCCGCCAUAUGCCCUGGAGCAAGCGUGCGAACUCCGCAACGGGGAUGUUGUUUUUGGGGAGUUCGCUCGCGGUGGCUGUGCGACUGCCUCCUGCCGCCUAGGUUUGUGGCUAGGAACUGCACUUGCUUUCUCACAGCUGCCCAUAGCACGCCAGUUCUUGCUUGUCCUUGCUGUUGGCCUCUUUUAUGGUGGUCAUCCUGCGAGUUUCGGGGCCAGCGCUCUGCUUUUCAUGUCGCCCGCGGCGGCCAUGAUUCCACAGGCUCCUGCAACAUCCGUGGCAACCCCGGAUAUCCCUGCUGCCACUGUUAACCGAGUCACCCUCACUCUUGCCAAUCCUUUUGCACCCUGGCAACGUGUUGAGGUUGACCCCAGUAAUGCCUUUGAGGAGAUCAUUGCAGAUGCACAUCACACCCUGACGUCGUGGCAUCGGGGGUUUGUUGAAUCCGGGCUGGUGACCGAUGGUUCGCAUGUUCUGGUCCCGAGACCCGGAGGGCCUUACAGCUGCGCUUUGGCCGCAGGGUCAGUGUACACCUAUCGUGACUUGAUAGCUGUACGGCUUUUCCAGUCGGACCCUUCAGCGGGGCCACGUGAAACGCCCGUCUUCCUGACCUGGGGAGCUGCGCAUGCCGCAUCAGCAUGGCAUUCCGACUUUAUUGUGGCACACGCCUCCUGUGUGCUGUUGUGGUCACCCAGCCGACCCGCUCGGGUCGCUCUCCUCCGACACCAAGCGCGGUGGAAUGCUGCCGAGGCCACCGUUUGCCAACACGAGGAUGCCUUGGGCGUAUACCGGCUACUGAGGAAGCCAGUGUCCGCGAUGGCGAUUGGUGGGUUCACUCCCUUGCAGCUGGAUUGUUUGGCCGUCGGAUGCCGCCUCGGCGGAGUCGCUCCCGUGGUCAGGCGGGGUGGCAGCCUGAUUGUACUGACGGUCAGCUGUGUUUUGCCCGCUGCUUUCCAGGUCCAAGGACCAUGGUCCCUGUUUGAAGCUGUUGGAUCCCGACACUGUGGGGCCUGGGCAACCCGCUUCUUCCCCGUCCGUGGGGCAUUUCCGUUUGCCCAAGUUACGCUUGCCCCGGCUGCUCCUUUCGGGAUGGCAAGUGUAGUCUUCCACACCCUCAGUGGCACUGCAGUUGCCUUAGCGUCGGUUGAUGCGUCGCUCGAGGACAUUCAGCGGCUGGCCGCCCGUCUCAUUCCCUGCACACGGUUUUGGGUUGUCAUUCCGCCUCCUUCCAUCCGCGCCGCUAAUAUGCACACGCACAUCCGCCUUCGCAACGGCGAUGCUUUUGGCUUUCUGCCUGACUCUUCUCAACCCGGUUCUACGCGGUUCCCUGCUCUGCACUACCCAUCCCUUGAUCGGGCGCGGCAGGUUGCCAGCUGGUCGUUGUCCUUCAGGUUUGACACCGGCGGCCCCGUCACCCUGUGGACAACCUCCAACCGUUUUGGCCAGUUGGUGUAUGUACGUGACAAUGCGUAUUGGGAUCCUCUAGGCCCCACUUUUCGAAGCUUAGGCGGAGAGACCCUAACAGGUUCCUGGGUACCAGUCCUUACAGGUGACCUGUCGGACCUACAUCUAAUGUCCCGCACCUCAAUUUCUGAAGCGCAUGUGCUCUUCCUUCUGCCGCCAGAGCAGACACCGGUGGGGGUCUUCCUAGCCGGCUGCAACACCCACCGCAUUCCCUUGGGCUGGCAACUGUUACCUGCCAUUCGUUAUGUGCGUGCUGGUAGCACGCUGAGGGACGGGGACGUCUUGGUUAUCGCCCCGACUGCUGAUCUUGUUUGGGACCCUUUCAGUAUCCGGCCUCCCAGUUUAGAUGAUGUGCAGCCGCAGAGUGCCCAGCACACUUGGCAUCAAUCUCUGACCUCUGCCUCGCCUGGCCCUACGGCUCUGCUAGGCUUUCUCGCGGUUUCGGUGGGUCGCGCUCCAUGGUGGUUAGGGCUUGCCCUCGGGGUUGUGCUAGGGUCUGGCAUGGUGCCAUCUUACGAGCUCCCCGAUCCGCCCAUCCGAGUCGGGCUGUACCCAUGGCGCGCGCGUCCAGGUGAAGGCGACCUCCUCGAUCUUUCGGUCCGCCCUGAAUUGGAUAUUGUUCUGCUUAGUCCUUUCACAGGGCCUCGGGAGGCCGGUCGUCUGUACACCUCCGCUGCCAUUACGGAGCUUCACACUUUGACGCAGGCCUGUGAGCCGGCAUGGGGUGCCGAUGCUGUGCCUGUCUGGCCGACUGCCGCCCUUCCUGCCUUGUUGGUCGUUCCUCGACCCCCUGACCCCAGCCUCGUGGCAUUGUGCUGUCUGGGCCGUCGACUUUUCGGGGCACAGUGGCGGGCCCUCGACUUUACAUUUGCCGGGGAAUUCUGUCAGCACUAUCCUGGGCGUUGGGUGCCGGUACCAUGGAUUGCCCAAGAUCAUGCCCAUUUAGUUGUGGUGUCCGAGGACCCGACAUAUGUCAAUGUUGUCAUUGAAGCUGACGGUAAGUGCUGGUGUGCACCAGUCACUGCCGUGACGGACGCCUGGCAGUUAUGGACUGAUGUGCCCUCAAUCCCCACUCAGCCACGAGUGCUGGGUCUUUCACACCAGGAACUGCGCCAAGGCACUGUCCUCCGCAAUGGUGACGUUGUGUCAGGAGCUCCCAAGGUCGCCCCGCUAUCGGGUGGCGUUUGGGUUCUCCUCGCUUUCUUUCUCUCUGCCCGAUUUCUACCGACUUUCCCGAGCUCCUUGGUUCUGCUUGCUGGCUUGGUUUUCGGAUGGCACCAUGAGGCUGUUGGUGCCCGACACCUUUCCAUCACAGUUGGCCUCGCUGCCGCCGGGCAGGGUCACGUUAGGGCAGUUAGGAUGCAUGACACACCUUAUCCUGUAGGGGAAUGUCACCGCCUCUGGGAGCCCUCCGGCUCUGUGUCAGGGCCGUUUUUUGGUCCUGUUGAUCGCCCGCCUGAGGAGUUGCGUCAUGCUGCUGUUGCGUGGUCUGACUUUACUCAAGUCCUGCCACCUCAAGAUCCUCGCAUAGUUGACUGGGUACCUGUCCCUUCGGAUCCACUCUUUGUUGUUGUCUUGCUUCAGUGCCCGCCUGCGACUCGAGCCGCAAUCUUGCCAGCCACCUGUCAUGCUGCAGACCUUAUCCGUGCUUGUCGGCGGUCGGUUCCUGAUUUAGCUUGUGUUUUAGCCUCGCCUGAAAUCUGGUGUGGCACCGCCACUUCCUUUACCCCAACUCUUUUCCUUCGGUCAGGGGACGUGCUGACCCUGGCAUGUGCCGGCUGGGUUCCACGCCUGCGCUCUCCCAGUGGCCGCUAUUGGGAUACCUUCUAUCAGGCCCGUAAAUUUGCAUUUUGGGGUAGCCCCUUUCAGAUUCGUAUGCCGGGCCUUCUGUUUGCGUGGUCGGCCGGUGAUCCUGUUCCCUUGACGGUUCACACCGUUCAAAAUGAAGUGUGGGACCCGGAACACUGCACAUUCCGUCCCUCCUUGGCCCGGUACAGUGUUGACCGUUGGAUCCCGGCGGCCCGUUGCGAUCUGCUAGGCCUCCACCUUGUCCCUGAGAGUCUUAAUCCGCAUCGUGCACAUGUUCUGCCUAUGCAGCCACCCCUUCGGUUGUUGGAGGUCUCCCGUUACAGCACGCGGGGUCUGAUUCGGGAUGGUGAUAGCGGCUCUCUUGGUAGCAGCGCUCCCUCCCCCCGUCUUCUGCUGUGCCUUGUUGGCCUUCUGCUGGCGCGGAAUGCAUUGCCGCUCUGGCCCAGUGGAGGGGCUCUCCUUUUUGCAGGGGCCUCUUUCGGGGCGUUUCCCUUCAGUGGCACCCUUGUCUUACCGGCUGUUUCUCCUGUUGCGAUGCCGGUUUCUGCUCAGAAUCUUCGUGUGGUGUCGCCCAGGUGGCCGCCGAUUGCGCCAAGCCGGGGUUCUUUUACCGUUGUCGGGGGACCUCGCCGUGGCGGAGCGCUGCCCUUUUGGCUUGCUGCCCCUGAGCCAGCUGCGAGGCCUGUUGCCCAGACUGCUCCUGUUCCACCGGCAUGGUCCGCGUCCUUGCUUGACUGGUAUGGCCGUGCGUGGGGAGCGCCGGCCGAUGACCGCGACUUUGAUGGUUCUCCCGCGACUCCGGCGACUCAUUGUCUCGAUUUGCAGGACGCCGGGUAUCAUUAUGCCGGCUUGGCCGCACAUUAUCUGUUUAAGCCCCUUCUCACCGACCUUCCUUCGUCACUUGCUUCCCUGCUCCAUCAGGGAUGGUGCCGGUUUCCCCGUUGGCCAGGCGGUGUUCCGGACGAAGUGUUCAUUGCCACUGAUGGUAGUGGGUUAGGCAAGGGAGGUUGGGCCCUAGCUGUGUGGGUCUCGUGGAAGGGCAAUUGGUACCGCCUCGGCUGGGACGCCGGCAGCCUUGCCUCUACACCGUGGCUUCCCUCGUUUCCUGCAACCCAUCUUGACCUUCGUUCUUACCUGGGGGAGCUGAGCGCUUUAGUGUCUGCUGCCGCAUGGUUUACGGUGUGGUGGGACAACAUGCAGCUCCUGACCGGGAACGCGCCUGCCAGGAUUACCUUAGCUGUUGACAACAGUGCAGCGCUUCAAGUCGCAGGGGGCCAUGCUUCGGCGACAACGCCGCAUGCCCGUGUCUGCCGGGCUCUGUGGCAGUCGAUCCAGUCCCGAUGUUCGACGCACUUCAGGCAUGUGCCAGGCCAUACUGGCAACCUCGUCAAUGAAAUUGCCGAUGCCUUGGCGGGGUACGGAACUGCUCAUGACCGUUGUGCGUCUGUCGGGUGGUGCCGUCUGCCGACUACAUUUGGGGACUCACUUUUAGAGUGUGCCCCGCUCAUGUGGCUCUUGGCGCAAGCUCGCCUGCAAGAAGGCCGGUUGUGUUGGCGCUCACCGGGAUGGGUUGAUUGCCCCCGCACUUCCAUUCAAGAGCCCCCGCAGAUACGGCCGCAGGUGCGGCAAGAUGACGAGCAGGUCAAGCCUCUUCGUACCACUGUCACUCUUGUGCAAGCCAACAUCCAGACAAUUAAAGAUGUUGAUGUGUCCUUCUUCAAUAGGGAUGGACACGGGCAGCGCCGCAUCUACCUGGCUAAACAACUUCGAGCUCUGGGGGUUCAUAUUGCCUUUCUUCAAGAGUGCCGCAGCCGCCCGGGCCGGUGGUCCUCCCACGGCUUUCUCAGCUUCCGUUCGGGAGCCGAGAAAGGGCUGUUCGGGGUCGAAAUUUGGAUCCGCCCCGACCUGCUGCACCCUGCUUUGAGUCUGGACGACUUCCGCAUCCGUUUUGCCAGCCCGAAAAUUCUGUUAGUGCAGUGCCAACGCGCUGAGCUCCCGGUUACUCUGGUUGCAGCCCAUGCACCUCAUGCUGAGAGGCCGGACGCGGAGAUUCGGCGGUUUUGGCAUGAUCUCAAGACGCAACUUCUUCCUGCCUGCAAUCGCGGUACUGUUCUGCUAGGUAUUGAUGCGAAUGCUGACUUUACGGGCCGUGAUGAGGAAGAGACCCUUGUUGGCGACCUUCUUAAUCUCCGCCCCGCCAGGCUUGGCGACGAUCUCCUUCUGGCCUGUGCUCAUGAUACGGCGCUGGCUGCCCCUGGCACUUGGUCUGAGGUCUGCACUGGACCCACUUGGACCUGGCAGCACACAGGCGGGAAGACCCAACGCUUGGACCACCUGCUUAUUACCCAUGGCACUCGGGUCUCUCAGUAUCGCCAAUUUCCUGAAUUUGACAUCUUGAAUGGCGAGGCCAGGGAUCAUAUGCCCAUUGUCAUUACUGUUGACGUUUCCGGGAAGUCCGCAGGUAAAAUGCAUCCGCGCUGCCCCUACUCGGCUGACUCUGGUGCCGCUGUCGCUGAAGCUGUCUGGGACGCUCUUCACCAGUCCACACCUGGUAGUAGUGCGGAGAGAGUUCAGCAACUUUGUGCUGCCCACGCCCAUGCGAUCCGCUGCCUUCCUGCCCGGCCCCCUCUUCAAAAACGGCAACCUUAUCUGUCUGAAGUUGCUGCCGGCCUUCUUGAAACUCUUCGUGAUGCACGGGCCGAGGUUAGGCGGCUUCGCACCCUCUAUCACCGGCAACUCUGUUUGGUUGCCUUUCGGACAUGGUGCCGCCGCCGAGUUGAGUCCCCAGCCCUCCCCUGGGAACUUCAUCAGGUCCGCAUGAUGAUGGCGCAUUUUGCACACGUUUGUUUCCGGCUUCGAGCUCAGGCUCAUGCACAGGCACGGCUUGAUAAGCAGGCCUACUUCGAAUCCAUGCUCCUCGGCGCAGUCGAUCACUGGCAUGCCACCGGGCGCCCUCUCGAGGCGGUGGCCAAGCUGUCUUGGGCGUCCAAAGGUGCCAAGCAAAAACGUGAUGUUAGGGCCGCAAGUGGGUUUGACAUCGAUGAGCAACUCCAGCUACAAUUCCAGCAGCAGGAAGAUGGCCGCCCGGUGUCGGAUGCCCAAUUGAGUGCAGCCUUUUCUCUUUGGGCUGCUGAACCGCGUGGCGUUUGUCUUUCGGCCUUACCCACCCUUCUUGAUGUUGAACACAUGUGUCGACUCCAGCGCCGAGGCAAGGCCCCUGGCCCGGACCACAUUCGUAAUGAGGUCUGGCGAACCCACCCCGAUCGCGCCGGCCGAUGGUUGUGGCCUAUGUGGGUUCACCUCGCUUGGGGCGAGGCCGAGCCACUUCACUUUAAAGCUUCUACUGUGGGAGCUCUCCACAAAAAAGGCCCAGCUCACAUUCCCGCCAACUUCCGGUCCAUUGCCAUGCUGAAUGGAGUGGCUAAGUUGUGGCACUCCCAACUUCGGGCCACCCUGGGUCAGGAAGUUAUCGCUCAUUACUUUCCGACCCAGCUCGGGGGUAGGCGAGGCGUGGACACCGGCCUUGCCCUCACUGUCUUCCGCUCUGCUGUCGACUUGGCUUCCGUUCAUGGCCGGUCCUGGGCUGCCUUGUUUGUCGAUAUUCAGGCCGCCUACUAUGAAGCAGACCGAACCUUGCUUUUCCACGGUCGUGACCUUGAACCAGCUCUUGCGGGCCUGCAGCUGCCUCGUCAUGUUCAUGGCCUGAUUCAGGAUGGCGUCCUAGCGGGUCUCGGGGUUCCCGCUGACCAGAUUGCUCUCCUGCGUGACUGCGUUGAAUGCUCGUACUGGCGCCUUGUCGGCCAGCACCAGGCUAUCAUUGCAGGUCGAGGGUCCCGGCCCGGGGACGGACUGGCCGAUGUCCUGUUCGGAGCCUUGUUUGCAGUGAUUUUACAGUGCCUCCAUUUUGCGCUCAAGGCUGAAGACAUUGUUCAUGCCGCUUCCUCUGAUGCCCUUGGCCGACCUGAUGCAUCCCUUCAAAUCGCAUGGGCUGAUGACCUGUGCCUGCUUGUUGAUUUCAUCCGAGCCACUUGGGCUGUCUCGAAGUUGCGUCGCCUUUGCACUAUUGUUCUCCAAGUUUUCGAAGCCUUUCGGUUCCGCGUCAACCUUGGAGCAGGUAAGACCGAAGCGCUCGUUCACCUGCAAGGAGCGGGGGCUAAUGUUGCCCGCAAGGAUCUCUUAACCCCUGAGCCCCUUCUUGCCCUCAGUGAUGGGAGAGGCAUUAGGGUAGUCCCUGAAUAUAAGUACCUCGGGGUUGUGCAGCGCUGCCGUGACACUGGCCGACGGGAUGUCGAGGCCGCCGCCGCGCGUGGCAACUCUAUCUGGACUCAAGCCUCUGGACUUGUCCAUUCUGAGAAGUUGCCGUGGAUGCUCAAGUCCGUAUGGCUGCAGGGAAGGACCCUCCCUGCAGCGUACUCCUCCCUUGCCACUACUUUAGCUCGUUCUGAACGAGCCUGGGGACCCCUGAAUGGUUUCUACGACAAAUGCCUUCGCCAGCUCGUCGGGUCUUGGGAUGCUGGGCACCAUGUGGCCUCAGUCCAACUGCGAGCCUGUACAGGGGUUCUUGAUGUUGAAUGUGCUACGGUUAUCGCUCGUGUGCGCCUGCUCUGCCGCAUUGCCUCGGGCCGUUCCCCUGAGGUCUUUGAAUUGUUCCAAGCCAGCUGGGAUCGCGGCGGGGAAUGGUCUUCCCUCCUUGCUGACGCGGUGCGGCGUGUUUGGCCGGCCUGUGGCCUACCGGCACUCCAGACAGGCGAGCCUACCCUUCUCUGUGUGCGCCGGCAUACCAAAGAGAUCCUCUCGGCCUGUCGCCGGAUCAGUCGGUCCGGCACUAUGCUGCUGGCUCUCCAUCGGGCGUGGAGAAGUCAUGGCGGUCCGCCACCCAAGCGGGUGAUUGGUCUCGCGUCCCCUCACAUAUGCCCGGAGUGUGGUGUGACUCUCCCUUCGGCGCAUGCCUUAGCGGCCCAUGCCCAUCGACUUCAUGGGCGCGUUGCUCUGUGCACCCAGUACACGUUGGGGACGAUCUGUCUGUGGUGUAUGGUCGAAUUCCAUAAUGCUGCGCGUCUCCGGUACCAUCUUUUGCACUCACCGGACUGCGAGCACGGGCUUCGGUGCUGUGUGGGCCCUGUCUAUGAGUAUGGUACAGGCACCAAACGCCGCGGCAAACAGGGCCAUGCCAGGGCCCCGGUUUUCCGUGUUGCAGGCCCGUGUAAUGCUACCGCGGCACAGCGUCGUGCCGCCGAGGAGGGGCGUUGCUGCACGGACGAGGAGCUCGCUGCUGAGUUACGCACUAUCGCCCCUGGUCCGAGCUUCUCCGAGGGCACUCGCUCCUCUCCUGUUGUGCCCUUUCGCCGUGUUGGUGGUUACUCUACUCUUCCCCCUGGCGAAGAGGCUAGUACGAUCCCGUGCCCUGAGGUCUUGCACUCACCACAUGCUCCUGUUGCUUCCUCCACCGGAGCUUUGGACUUUGGUUCACCCACCACCUCGGUUCGGCUCUCUUCCGAUGACACCGCGGCUGCUUCUGCUCGGUACCAGACGCAUCCAACGGAAAGGUUCUGCACUGUCUAUUGUUUCGACGAGGCCCCUGGCGCCUCGUCGUUCUGCGCCCCCUCUUGCCGGUGGUGUGCGGUGCCUCCCGCCAUCUGGUGUCUCCCGCCAUCGUGGGCGCGGUGCUGGAAGCUCUUUCUUGCCCUUGAGUCGCUACACCCGUGGGCAGCUGAGACUUGGAGACUCUCUGCCUUUCUGCGCCAGGAGGAACGCCCCUCUCCAAGCGCCACACUCGGAUGCCUGACAUGCUUUGAGCAGAUCGCGGCACAGCGGAUCCUUUUCCUGCGGAGACUGCUCACCUGUCUCCACUUGCUUCGUCAGAUUAAGGCUGGAGCUGCUCUGUGGUGCGCUGUUCCCUUGCCUGGCGCCUUCUGGGAACUUCUGCGCCGUGUCGUACCUCACGCUGUGGGUACAUCGGCUGUCGCCGUGCUUGGUUUUGGCACUGUCGUUAGCCUCCCUGCGGUCGCCCCGCGGGCUCUUUCCUCUCUUGCCUCGGGCUGGCUCUCUUUGGCCUCUCCCCGUCGCUUGGCGAUGCCGCACCAGCUUCCCUUGUAG